GUACAAAUUACUCUCCUUCUUCAACCUGAAAAACCAAACACAACCAUGUCAAGACAUGCUCUCCGAGUCUUCAACAACCAUAAAUUGCUCACACUCUCCCUCUCACAAACUCGUCAAACUCACGCCCAAAUCCUCCGAACCGGUCUUUUUCUCCACACCCAUUUCACCACAAAGCUCAUUUCUUUAUACGCAAACCACCUUCGUUUCGUAGAAGCCCAAAACCUCCUCAAAUCCAUCCAAAACCCAGAUGUAUUCUCAUUCUCCACCCUCAUUCACGCCUACUCGAAGCUCAGUUACUUCACCGAAGCCAUUCUUACAUUCACCCACAUGAUAUCAUUCAAGUUGUUACCCGAUUCGCGUCUUAUUCCAUCUGUUGUUAAGUGUUGUAGUGGGUUACACAGUUUGAGAUUCGGGAAACAGGUUCAUGGGUUUUGUGUUUCAUCUGGGCUUUGUCUGGAUUCGUUUGUGCAGUCUUCUUUGGUGCAUUUGUAUGUGAAAUGUGGGAAGUUGUAUUAUGCACACCAGGUGUUUGAUGAAAUGUCUGAACUGGAUGUUGUUUCGUGUAGCGCGUUGGUUUCCGGGUAUGCGCGAGAUGGGUGUGUGGAGGAAGCUAAAAUGGUGUUUAGGAGGAUGGUGGAGUUGGGGAUUGAGCCAAAUUUGGUGUCGUGGAAUGGGAUGGUGGCGGGGUUUAGCCAGAGUGGACGGUGUUUGGAGGCGGUGAUGGUGUUUAGAGAUAUGUGUUUGUCGGGUUGUAAGGCGGAUGGGACGACUGUUUCGAGUGUUCUUCCUGCUGUUGGGGUGUUGGAGGAUUGUUUUGUGGGUGUGCAGAUACAUGGGUAUGCGAUUAAGCAGGGUCUUGGAUCGGAUAAGUGUGUAGUGAGUGCAUUGAUCGAUAUGUAUGGGAAGUGUUCGUCCACUAUGGAGAUGUCACGGGUGUUUGAUGAAAUGCCUGAAAGAGACGUUGGUGCUUGUAAUGCUUUGGUUUCUGGGUUUGCUAGGAACGGUUUAACUGAUGACGCGUUAAAAGCGUUUAAUAUGUUACGUAGUCAAGAUCUGGAGUUAAAUGUAGUCUCGUGGACGUCGAUCAUAGCUUGCUGCUCACAGCAUGGAAAAGACAUUGAAGCCCUUGACCUUUUCAGAGAAAUGCAGCUUUCGGGAGUGAAACCGAAUUCUGUAACGAUCCCUUGCUUACUUCCCGCGUGUGGAAACAUUGCAGCGUUAAUGCACGGGAAAGCCGCGCACGGGUUCUCGCUUAGAACAGGAAUAUCGGAUAAUGUUUAUGUGGGAAGUGCUUUAAUCGACAUGUACGCCAAUUGUGGAAGAAUACAUUUAGCCCGAAACAUUUUCGAGAGGAUGCCCGUACGCAAUGUAGUCUGCUGGAACGCGAUCAUGGGAGGAUAUGCGAUGCACGGAAAUGGUAACGAAGUUAUCGAAAUAUUCCAUUUGAUGGAAAAAAGCGAUCAAAAACCCGACUUUAUCACUUUCACUUCUUUAUUAUCCGCUUGUAGUCACAGCGGUUUCACAGAGCAAGGUGAACAGUUCUUUAACAAAAUGUCAAAAGAUUAUGGAAUUUCACCACGAAUCGAGCAUUACGCUUGUUUAGUUACGCUUCUUGGUCGUGCGGGGAAGCUUAACGAAGCUUUUAACACCGUUAAAAAUAUGCCAUUUGAGCCCGACGCUUGUGUUUGGGGGGCUUUACUUAGUUCAUGUAGAGUUCAUAACAAUCUUGAACUAGCGGAACUUGCGGCUAACAAACUAUUUGAGUUAGAACCGAAUAAUCCCGGGAAUUAUGUUUUAUUAUCCAACGUUUACGCGAAUAAAGGGUUAUGGAAACAAGUCGAUAGAGUUCGGGAUCUGAUGAAAUCAAUGGGAAUGAAGAAGAAUCCCGGAUGCAGUUGGAUUUCGAUCAAGAACAAAGUGCACAUGCUUUUAGCAGGCGAUACAUCUCAUCCUCAACUGGUUGAAAUAUUAGAAAAAAUCGAUAAUUUAAGUACGGAAAUGAAGAAAUUAGGGUGUUUGCCGGUUACUUCAUUUGUGUUGCAAGAUGUUGAAGACCAAGAAAAGGAACAUAUUUUGUGUGGGCAUAGUGAGAAACUGGCAGUGGUGCUUGGGCUUUUGAACACUCCACGAGGGUCUACUCUUCAAGUGAUUAAAAACCUUAGAAUUUGUGGGGAUUGUCAUGAUUUUAUAAAGUUUGUAGCUAAGCUUGAACAGAGAGAGAUAUUUGUUAGAGACACGAAUCGGUUUCAUCACUUUAAAGAUGGUUCGUGUUCGUGUGGCGAUUAUUGGUGAAAAGUUUAGUGAAAGCUUGGUUUUUUUAAUGCUUGCAUUCACUGUCAUGGUACUUCAAGAAACAAAUGUCCUAAAUCAACAAUUGCAGCCAUGGUUGAAAUGUAAAGUGAGCAGCUUUGUGAUGAAACAGACUUUGAAGCCCGGGAGACACCUUCGGGCUGAGUACCAAUGCGGAACAGUUUUGAUCUGUAAUGGGCUAUGGACGCAUGACAAGCCAAUGGAAAAGUCUUGAUGGGCGUAGCCGCAUGCUUUAACAAAGUUUGGCCCAACCGACGGGCCGGAUACGGUAGUUUUGGGCUUUGGUUCUGACUUUCCACCAAAUGUAGAGGUUUUCUAGUAUUCUUUUACAUGGUUUUUAUUGUUAAUCACAUGAAACUAGAAAUUUUUGUUUUUCAAGUGCAAACUUCCAUCGUUUGGGCCUGCUAAA